AUGAAAAGUUAUUUAGUUAUUCUCCUGUUGGCAAGUGUCGGAGCUACUAGCGAAGACAUAAAUGCCAAUGAAAUUAAAAGGCGCAUGAAACUCAUUGGUGGAAUUCCAAGUUACGGGAUAACAAAUUAUCCGUUAAAAGUAAAUGAAAAACCUGAUGGAAACGAUGGCGUUAAUUAUUCCGAACCUGAAUUGUUAUUACAAUACAAUUCCACCUCUAAUUUCAAUCCGAAAGGAAUGGGACAUUUGUAUUUUGUUACGAGAUUAUUCAUGAGCAUAAUACAACCCACGAAUGGGAGUUUUCCCGAUGGCAAGAUAAUUUUUUAUCCCUUUGGGUUUAAACGUUCUGGUAAAUUACCUGUAACCCUUAAUGAUUCAGUUGAAAUAUUUUUAUUCGUUGGUCUCUAA